GUUUCCAUUUUUCCUUGAAUUUUUCUUAGCUGCUUUGAAGUUGCAAGAUGGAAAUUCGGACAGUCGAAUCGGUCCUGCUUUUUCCGAGAUCCCGAUUCUGAUAUUAACCACUCACUUGAAUUUCCAGGAGUUCAGCGUCGCCGCAUGUAUGAUGUAGUGAACAUAUUGGAGAGCGUUGGAAUUGUCGCAAGAAAAGGGAAAAAUCUGUACCUAUGGAAAGGUUUCAGAGAAAUUCCUCGAGCUUUGAACGAGCUUAAGGAGGAAGGUAUGAGAGAAAAAUUUGAUGCAUCCUACUGCAGGUCAGCUGAAACAUCAAAGAACAAAGAAAGCGGUGGCUCUGAAACUAAAACUGGUCCUUUGGCAGCGGCAUUGCGCAAAACUGACGGCUGCAGAAGAGACAAAUCUAUGGCACUUUUGACCGAGAAUUUCAUAAAGCUCUUCCUCUGUUCAGAUGUUGAAAUUAUCUUGCUUGAAGAUGCUGCAAAGGUAAUGCCGGGUGAUGCCCAGAAUUCAACUGCCUUGAGAACAAAAGUCAGGCGUUUAUAUGACAUAGCGAAUGUCCUUUCAUCAAUCAAUCUGAUCGAGAAGACGAAUCAUCCGAGUAUAGGAAAACAGCAUAUAGGUGGUUGGGAGGGAAAGCCAGUAGAGAAUCUGAUGGCAUGUUGGAUCAAAGUGCAUCCAGGAAGAGAGUGUUUGGUGCGGAAAUUACAAAUUACAGUCUGAAGAGAAAUAAAACAGACUCUUCAAUGGAUUCGCAGUCCCAUGGAAAGGUUGUGCCAGUGCAUAAAAAACAAGAUGAUUUGGAAAAUGAAUACAGAUGUAAAACUCUGGAGCAGCCCCCUAAAUGCAGUUCGAAGGCCAUAGACUUUGGCCCUUUUGCUCCUGUCAAGUUUAGAAGAGAAGAUCCAGAGCACAGACGCAUGGGACA